CUUCCUGUCGGUGUACUUUGUAUCCUUUUAUCGUUAAUUGUUGCCACCCGGAGUACACGUAUGUGUUCUUGGCUCGAAUGAAGACCUUUUUAUAUUUUGUAAUAGGGCUCCGGCGUUGGUGCCCCGGGAUAGGCGGGACUCCUAGGUCCAGCCCCGGCAGGUGCCUGGGUGUUAAGGUGUGUUCUGCUUGCCGAUGUUGAGACUGGGAGCUUGCUAGGGAAAAACAUCACACGGGAAGCCAUGACACAAUAAUCACACUGUCGGAUUUGGAGUGUGACUACAUUAACGCACGAGCUUGCUGUUCGAAGUUGAACAAAUGGGUUGUUCCAGAGCUGGUAGGCCAGGCCCUGGCUACAGUACUGAUGCUGGUGUCCAUGCACUGGUUCAUAUUUCUACUGAACCUGCCUGUAGCGGCCUGGAAUGUCUUCAGGUUUGUGAAGGUGCCAAUGGGGAACAUGGGUGUGUUCGACCCCACUGAGAUACACAACCGUGGCCAGCUCAAGUCCCACAUGAAGGAGUCAAUGAUCAAACUGGGCUUCCACCUGCUCUGCUUCUUCAUUUACCUGUACAGCAUGAUCCUGGCGUUGAUCAACGACUGACAGUCCUGCUCUGCUCCAAACCCAAGCAGCCAAAUGAUGAACUCUUGGGUAUGAGGUUAACCCUGGCCUGGGCCAAGCCCCCUGCUCAUCCAAGACUUCAUCACACUCCAUGGACCCCAGACAACCACUCAUCCCAGCACCUCCCACCACUCAGCCCAGCAC